AAUUCCGUAAAUCAAACAUGGCGUCCGCGGAGGUUACACUGCAUCUAGAAUGUUGGCGAGAUGAACUCAGUCCGGCACAGAAAGCUUCCUACGAAAAGGCAGAAAAGGAACAUAAUGAAAUUCGAAACAAACUAAAAGAUAUAGUCCAACAGACGGGUGGAAAAAAUAUUUUCUCCGGGCAAGUUUUUACGGCGUACCAGGUUUUGGGGCCGGUUCCGGGGUUGGAUCUCAUCUCGAAACCGGUCACCUCGUUAACACGCAAAAAACCUUUGCCCGUAAUGCAAUCUGCUCUUGCUCCGAGGGUAGUAAUGGGAGCUUCCCCGUCGCCAGAGCCUACCGCCACCCAGGGUCGCCGCCGAAAUCGAAGGUCAGAUACGGCGACGGAUGAAGAUCCGGAGCCCGUGGUUGACAUUGCUUCCGACGAUGUCGACGAAGACUAUAUCCCUCUAUCCAAGCGUAUGGCAAAAACAAAGGAAAAGGAAAAAAUGAUUGCGGCCAAAAAAACAAGGGAAGAGAAGGUUAAAACACCGGACCUAAAAUCAAAAUCAUCCAAAUCUGUUGCUUCACCGUCCGGCAAAGUUGCGGCAAUCUCGGUAAGGCCCACUGAAUUUAACUCUAUCGGUGGGUUGCAGGUUGGUGCAGAUAAAGACAAAAAAAGAGCCCUACCAGAGCCUACCGCGGUUGUCGAUCUGACGAAAGAUGAUGCGGGCAAGCAAUCGGCCGAUUCGCGGGAGAUAUCGUUCAGUAAGAUUCAGGGCAAAACUUUCCCUUCACUCGUAGUGCUUGCCCGACCGUCGCUCCGAGUAGCAGAAAAAGCCGUUAGCGAUCGGCCACAGCUAGAUGCCAAGGUAAAGAACGUGCUAGUUCACCCGGCACCAAAGUUUACCGAAUGGCUCAUACAGCAAGGUUUAAUCAAAUCGGAGCAAACGUGCCAAAUCCACAACGACAAACCGCUCAAGCUGGGCAUGUAUUCGGAUACGUCGAAAUUUCCAUACUCCGGCGGUUACUUUUGGAUUAGCGACUGCUGUCCGACUCGAUUUACCUCCGUGUUCCAUGGAUCACUGUUCGAAGGCUCACCGCAUCCGCCUUCAGUGAUACUGAAGCUCAUCUAUCACUGGGCCUGCCAGACGAACGUGUCGAAUGUGGUGAACUGGGUAAAGGUGGACAACGUGUACUUGAAAAAUCUCUACACCUUAUUGCGAUCGGUUUGCACGUUGGCACUAUGUCGACACAUGAAGCUGCUCGGCGGUCCUAAAAGAGCAAUCGAAAUAGGGGUGAUUUCGCUGGGAACAACCACUCAGGACGGACAGCAGCGCCAAGUUAAGGUGGAAGUUUUGGGAGUGCUCGACCCGGAUGCUAAAAUUCUCCGACUUCGUGCCGUGGAGCCAUUGCUGGACGCUGAAAAAAGCUACAAAAAGCGGUUCUCAAAAAUUUUAGAACCUCUCAGUGACUGGGUCCAUAAGGAUAGCAUCAUCCUAACUGAUCUUACGGUUGACAAGGGCACGCUGAACGCCAUGGGCUAUAAAACCGUGGUUCAGGUGCCUACGUCCGAACAGACGCAGAAAAAUAGCAACGCGAAUGUAAUGGAUUACCUGCGGCGCAUUGUACCUCGAAUGUUCCAAAACACCUUGUCUCUGCUGUCGCGCCAAAUCAUACAACAGUUCCUAAACGAGCUGGUAUGGCGUGAGAUGUUUGGAAACAGCCCGGGCACCACUUUUGACAACAUUGUAAAACAUCUGUCGGAGGAGGCAAAGAUAGAAACGAAGGAAGGUUUAAUGACCCGUCUGCAUAAGGCCGCUGCCGAUCCGUUCAAGCAAUGGGAUAUCGUUUCCGACAUACCAGCUCUAACGAAAGUCCCAUUGAAGCGAGGCCGGAAACCCAAGGAUUACUCUUCCACCUCAACCAACAUCACUGCGUCCAAGCAAAAUGUACUUGCUCCGGUGUCGGCAGAUUCACCGAAAAAAAUUAUACUGAAGAAGGUACAAAUUGAGGAACAAAGGACAAUGGCGGCAUCCACUACCGGAAGCGGACACAAAAAGAUGAAGCGAAAGCAAGAACCAGAAGAAGAAACGGUUCAGCUAGAAGAUUAUUACUAUGGAUUUACAGGUGGCAAUGAACGGAACGAAUCAGCCGCUCCCUGUCCGAAUUUUGAAGUUCCAUGCCCGGAAUGUCCACAGCUAACGUUCCGGUGCAAUCUUAAACUACUCGAUCAUUUGCUGGAGCAUAUCAGUCCUACAACCGCAAGCGAGGACACCGUUCUGUGUCGUAUCUGCGCGAAGCAUGUGCCACAGGCAGAGCAGGAGCAACAUAAUUUAUUAGCCCAUCCAAAGGAGACAAUUUUUUCCAAGUGGAACUGUUGCUUGAUGUGUCAGGAGAGGUUUAGUACAGCGGUCGUGCUGGCAACGCAUAUGCAAAAAGCCCACAGUCCGCUGGAAAUGCCCUACCGCUGUGUUGGAUGCAAUUUUCGCAGUUCCAUUCUGCAAACCACUGUUAACCACUUUUAUGAACAACACAAGGGCACCAUACUUUUGCAAUGCCCGUUUUGUCUAAAGAUGGCGUGUGCUUUCCGCAGCGGCCAAGCAGCGAGCACUGAUGACGAAUCCACCAAUGAACCAUUGGUAAAAAACGUAAAGCUGUUCCUAGAUCAUCUGCGGUUACACAGCAAUAAAAAGAUAUCCAAACAGUGCUCCAAAUGUGUGCUACUCUUCCAAACGAAGGGCGAACACAAAUUCCACCGACUGUUCUGCCACGGCCCAUACAAAGGUGUAGGCCCUGUUAGCAAGGUUACUAGCUCGGUGACAAAAAUUCUAAAGCCGCCGAAAAAAAUCCCGCCAAAAGAAACUCAAUGGUACCGUGUGUUAAUGCGGUUUGAUAACUUGGUCUUGAGAAUGGCGAGCGGCAACAUUUGUCUCGAGUGUGGCAACGAUUUCGAUCAGCUCAAUCACAUGAUAGGAUUGGUGCAGUGCACAGUGUGUCAGUUUCAAACCACCUGCCUUCCAUCGAUGAUCAACCAUACGCUGCGAUGCUAUUCGAGCGUAGCCGCAUUACACCACCGUCCUACAUUUGAUAUGCAGCAGGAGAUGCACUGCAAGUGCGACUUCUCGUCCUACGAUGGUUUUGCUUUGGCGCGCCAUCUGCUCGUGUGCUCUAGUAGCGAGUCUGUAUACUCCACCGUGGAGGCAGCCCAAGCGAACGUGACGGAGCGUAGCAUGCUGGACAUGCUAGGGCUUGUGCGCCGAGACGAGGAUGAAGACGCCGCGACUGCCACAGAUGGGACGGAUGCUGCUCCGGGCACGACGGACGACUCCCUGUUGCCUGCACCUUUCGACCACGCGGAAAGCGUGUGCGAGAAAGUAUCCAAUGGUGCUGAUGAAGAAGCAAAUUCACCCAAUGUUGUGAAUGAGCCCGGAACGUGUGGCGUCAGCGGCAGCGUUGCGUACGAUGCUUCGCAAUCGCUGUACAAUAUUGCAGGCACGGGUGAGCAGCAAUUCACCACUCAGCUGUCCUUUGACGAUUUGGGACCUCCGUCAGUUUUGCCGGCACAAGACAAUGAUCGGACCCCACAGCUCAAGGACGAUUAUCAAUCACUGGCUACACCACGUGUACCGGAUCAAUCAGACUAUUAG